CUGACAACCAGAAAAAGAAGAUUGGGAAUCAGCGUGAACAAUACUAAGCCCACAGCACGGGCGCACGCUGUAAUUAUCAGCCACUCAAAAGCAUGCCCACAACUUGAAAGUGGCAUGUCCACCCGGAUUCCGUGUCCACGGGAGUCCGAUGAAGCGCCGAACACUGCGGACGGUGCCGGCACCCGCGAAAACCAGUGAUUAAAUUCACGCCAUGCAGUUCCCUACUCCAGCAUGUUUGACUUCUUCUCAUGUUGAAAUCAUUCGAGAGAAGUACAUGACCACAGCAGUCCAGGAAUAGGUCCAUCCCUGCGCAGUCGUCCAACUCCUUACAAAAUUGUUGCUGUAAUCCGUAUCUCCGUGGAACUUAUACACCAGAGGGUUGUGCUCAGCAUUAUGGGCGAGUUGGAAAGGCUCAAGGGCUUUAAUGUGGCCAACCACUUCGAGAAGCGGAAGCUUCUCAUCGCAAUUAACAGCAUUGCCGCACUGAGCAUCUUUUUCUUUGGCUACGAUCAGGGCAUGAUGGGAGGCGUCAACACCGCAAAAGACUAUAUCGAAUUGAUGGGAUUUGGGUACAAAGAAAAUGGUGUGGUCGUUAUAACCGACAGCCUUCUUCAAGGCGGCAUUGUUUCUGUCUACUAUCUUGGCACCUUAUUUGGGUGCCUGAUAGGUGGCUGGGUCGGCGACAAGGCCGGGAGAAUUAAAACCAUUGCCUUCGGCGCCUCGUGGGCCAUUGUCGGUGCUGUCCUGCAAUGCUCGGCUCAGAACCACGACUGGAUGAUAUGCGCGAGAGCUGUCAAUGGGAUUGGUACCGGCAUUCUCAAUGCAAUUGUGCCUGUCUGGGCAACAGAAACGGCAGAGCAUACGUCCCGUGGCCAGUUCAUCGCGAUCGAGUUUACUCUAAACAUUUUCGGUGUGGUUGUGGCUUAUUGGCUGGAGUUUGGUCUCUCGUUUGUGGAUAGUGGAAAUUCCGCGAUCGCAUGGCGCUUUCCCAUCGCUUUUCAGAUCAUUCCGUUGCUCGUACUACUCGGCGCAGUCUGGUUCUUCCCAGAGUCUCCUCGGUGGCUUGCAAAGGUCGGGCGCGACGAAGAAGCUCGUUUCAUCCUGCGUCGUCUGCGCGGCACCGAUGCUGUAGGGGAAUCGAAGGCAAUCGCCGAAUACCAGGAUAUCCGCAAUAUUGUCGCUUUGGAAGCCAAGGAAUCCUCCAACAACUCAUACCUGCACAUGCUCUUUGGCAUCGGCUCGGGAGAGUUACACACUGGCAGGCGGGUACAGCUCGUGAUCUGGCUGCAGGUCAUCCAGGAAUGGGUUGGUAUUGCAGGCGUGACCGUAUAUGCGCCGACGAUCUUCGGUAUCGCGGGAUAUGACUCCACAAAGAGCGCGUGGAUCAGCGGCUUGAACAACAUCUUUUAUAUGUUUGCAACGCUCAUCUGCGUCUUUACUCUCGACCGCAUCGGGAGACGCUGGACUCUUUACUGGGGUGCAGUCGGUCAAGGCAUUGCGAUGUUCCUGGCUGGUGGAUUUUCCCGGCUUGGGCAGGACGCAAGCAACGCGGGAAAUGUGGAGAAAGCUGCAUCCUACGGAGCGGCGGCCGCAUCCUUUGUUUUCAUCUUUACGUCUGUUUUUGGGGCAACGUGGCUCACAGUACCAUGGCUGUACCCGGCAGAGAUAUUCCCAUUGCAGGUGCGGGCCAAAGGAAAUGCGUGGGGGGUAGUCGGAUGGUCUAUCGGCAAUGGCUGGUUGACAUUAUUGUGCCCGGUCAUGUUCAAUGCCAUUGGCGAAAGAACGUUAUACAUUUUCGGGGCCUGCAAUGUUGCCGCCAUCCCCAUCGUGUGGGCGCUAUAUCCCGAAAGCAACCAAAGGACAUUAGAGGAAAUGGAUCUCUUAUUUGCAGCUCCGACACCAUGGGUUUGGGACGCUGAGAAAACAUUCAAAAGGCUCAAGGCUGAACGGCCUGAGCUUCAGGUUCUGGGAAAACAUUAACAUGCCGAGUUGUUGUUGCUAAAUGGGGGCAUUACUACGGAGACUCAUCAAUCAAUCAAUCAGCCAAACAGACUGACAGUGUGAUUCUCAUGGGAAAUGAUAAUCUCAACUCCAGAAGCUAUUUUUC